AUGUCCAAAUCUACUCCUGUUAAAGCAAGCAAGAAUUCUGAAUUGAAGAAAUCUACAGCCAUCUUAACAAUAGCAAAUGGCCAUGCUUGUAAGAAGGAUGCAAUUGGUGGAGAGCAUCCUGUCCAUGACAUCAAGUCCACUGGUACUUGGAUCUGUAGAAAUUUGGCCUGUAAAGCUGUUGUAACAGCUGAAGAUUCUUUCUGCAAGAGGUGCUCAUGUUGUAUUUGCCAUCAGUUUGAUGACAAUAAAGAUCCUAGUCUAUGGUUGGUUUGUGCAUCUGAAAAUGACGACAAACAGUGCUGUGGUUCUUCUUGCCAUAUCGAGUGUGCCCUCCAACAAAAGCGGGUGGGAUGCUUUGAUCUUCAAAAAAUUAUUCAUCUUGAUGGGAGUUAUUCAUGUGCUUCAUGUGGGAAGAUAUCUGGGAUACUAGGUUAUUGGAAAAGGCAAUUAGUGAUUGCAAAGCAGGCUCGCCGAGUUGAUAUACUCUGCCACCGCAUCUAUGUGAGUUAUCAGUUGUUGGAGGGUACGAGCUGUCAUACAGAAUUGCAUAACAUUAUUCAAGAUGCAAAAGCAAAACUUGAAUGUGAGGUCGGUCCACUUGAUGGAAUGUCGGCAAAGAUGGCACGUGGUAUCGUAAGCAGGUUAUCUGGUGGUAGUAAUAUACUGAAACUUUGCUCUCUAGCGAUUCAAAAAGUUGAUGAGUUGUUGAGUUCUCCAUCUCCAGGCUUGCAUGUUCGAGGUUCAUUACCAGCUGCGUGCAGAUUCAAAUUCGAAGAUAUUACAUCGUCUUCCCUUGUUAUCAUCCUAAAAGAAACUAAAUUAGCAUCACCGGACACCAUCAAAGGUUAUAAGCUAUGGUACUGGAAGAGCAGAGAGCAACCAAGCAUGGAUGAACCUGUUAUUUUGUCAAGAGAUGAAAGAAAAAUACUUGUUUAUAACCUCACCACAUGCACAGAAUAUUCCUUCAGAAUCAUAUCAUUCUCAGAUGCUGAUGCGACCAUUGGGCAUUCCGAGUCUAAAUGUUAUACUGCGAGCAAGGAGGUAUUUGUCAAAUCUGUGACCCAGAAGGCCACGGGAAUAUGCCCGCAGACGCAGACAACGGAUAGGAGCCAGGCUUGUAUGUCCACUGGAUUUAGGAUCCGAGAUGCUGGGAAGAUCUUGCGGCGAGCUUGGGCUGAAGAAGGCUGUUUUGAGGAUAUGUACGAAGGUUCAUGUGACAUAAGUGCCACAGAAGCAGACCAGGCAGAGAACAGUGAACAGGGUCAUAUGUUAUCUGGUGCAUGUCGCAAACUUCAGUUCAAUGCAUUUUCUGUCCCUGACCUAAAUGCACCCAUGCCCAUGGACAUAGACUCUUCCCCUGAGAAGAGCUAUGAUUUAAAUAACAGGCUUUUUAGGUCAAAUGACAGUGGUGGCUCAGAGGCUUGCGAGGCAGUCAGGAGCGCGGAGCCGGCUGCUGUUGAAUCUCGGCCAGGAGGCAAGGCAAAGCAGCCCAAUGGUGCUCAGAAUGAAAGCUGUGAGCAGGAUGGAGUUUCAGCCAUCUGCCGCCAAAAGCAACUUCUGAAAAGGCCUAGAGUUCUGGAUGAGGACUAUGAGUACUGUGUGAAGGUGAUACGGUGGCUGGAGUGUGACGGGCACAUAGAGACUGAUUUCAGAUUGAAGUUUUUGACUUGGCUGAGUCUAAGAUCGACUGAGAAUGAGCAUAGGGUUGUGAACACAUUCAUCAAAACACUAAUCAAAGAACCAAGCAGUCUGGCUGAGCAGCUUGUUGAUUCUUUCGGAGAGAUGAUAAACUGCAAGAGACCAAAAGUAGGUUUCGGCAGUGAGCUAUGGCAUUUGGACAAACAAUAA